AUGCCUCCAAGACUAAAUAUCCCACCCGUCACCCGCGCCACCCUGAUAGCUCUGCUAUCACAGUCCGUCCUCAGCGCAGCAAUCCGAUAUCGACAAUGGACUGAAGACUCGCGCAUCGUCAUCCCGUACCUGACGUUGGUGCCGCAGCUGUCGCUCGUCUACCCUUGGACGUUUCUGUCGUCGGCAUUGGUGGAAAGUAACGUCUUCACCUUGGCCAUCUCCGGGUUGACACUGUACCAUGGAGGGCGGUAUCUGGAACGAGCUUGGUCCUCGGCUGACUUGGCAAAGUUUUUGGCCUUGGUGACGCUUGUCCCGAACUUUUUGACUUUUUUGGUCAUGGUGCUCUUCUUCACCCUUACUCGUGAUGAGAGCUGGACCCUGACGGCCAUUUCUGGCGGUAUUUCUAUCCAAGUCGCCUUCCUCGUCGCAUUCAGCCAGCUCAUCCCCGCGCACACCGUUACCCUCUUCCGUGGCAUCGUCUCCUUCAAAGUGCCCCGUUUCCCUCUGCUCUACAUCGGCAUGGUAACAGUACUGUCUCUGACGCCUCUUCUCUCGAGAGCAGCCCUGUGGCAAGCCAGCUUUGGCUUUCUCACAAGCUGGACAUACCUUCGGUUCUACAAAAAGGUGUUUCCCGAUCUGGACUCGUCUCAGCCUGCGUCCCUGCGUGGCGACGCCAGUGAAACGUUUGCAUUCGCCGAGUUCUUUCCAGGGCCUGCCAAACCGCUUGUCGCGGCCGUAUCUGACCAGAUUUUCGGCGUCCUCGUCGCGAUGCGCGUGUGCACACCCUUUCCACACGCAGAAGUGUCCGCUCGAGGCGAUCGCGCCAUGCAGAGGGGCACCCCAGGUACGGCACGCGCCGAAGCUGAGCGCCGAAGAGCCAUUGCACUGAAGGCUCUUGACCAAAGACUGAGCGCGGCUGCUUCACGGGCUCCUGCUCCCCCGCAGCCUUCUGGGCCACCCAUUCAGACACAACCACAGCCGAGCGCUCAUACAGCCAUGGCAUCGCAACCUGGUUCUGUUCUAGGGGAGACUAAAUUCGAGCCGGAGCACGAUGAUGGAUCAAGCAGCAAAGUCUGA